AAUGACACCUCGCCUGUACACUUCAACCAAUCAAUGCUUCUGUACCCUGUGAUGUUGCUGUAGUACGCAUUCUUCCUACAGGGUAUUUUUUCUUACUUCUUAUUCCAAGUCCCGACUGUUGAAGGGUGGAAGUGCUCUCGGGCAACAGAAAGUGACGUUAUAGAUUUUUCCUUGGUUUGUCAGUCUGUUCUCGCUACAAGCUGAUAAUGAGCUCGGAGAAGUCUGCAUACGUUGUCGAAGCUGCCGGCCGGGCCCGCCGAGACCGACCCGGCGCGGCCCGAAUGGUGACGGUGGCCGUGGCGGUCGGGGCGGGUGUGCUGGCCGUGGCGGCCCUCGUCUUCCUCUUUCAUGAGGUAAAGCAUGUCCGUGAAAACUCCGCUCAACUGAAAGACCAGAUCCUGACGCUGAAGGAUCGUACCUUGGCCAUGGAGAUCAAACAAGACACCGCUGCCAAAGACAACCAGGAAGUGACGGCCCUGAAAAUCCAACUGUCGUCUCUGAAGACGGAGUUACAGCAGGAGAAAGCUGACGGCGCAUCUUUGAGGGAGCGGCUGGCUGUGUUGGAGACCAAGUUCCAACUCGGGCAUGCUGAGGAACACAGCUUUGGGAACUUUCGAGAGGACGAGAGGCCGAACCAAGCUGACAGUGUCCCUGAACACAACGCCACCUUGCGGAGGUACAGGCGCUCCGACAACUCCGUCACGACACCUGCCGGCCUCUUUCGAGGUCCUGAGGGACCGGCCGGACGAGACGGGCGGGACGGCCGUGAUGGUGCUCCCGGGCCUCCAGGUCCAUCUGGCGGAUGUGGAGGGUGUGGAGGACAAUCCUGCCCACAGAAGCCGUGCACUGCAGUUGACGUGGGAGCAGAGACUACUGUAGCUGGAGUUAUCACCCAGGGUAGAGCUGGUGCAGAUCAGUGGGUGACCUCCUACAAACUACGCUUCAGCAGAGACGGAAUCACAUGGUCUACAUACCUGGAUAACCUGGGACGUGAUAGGGUUUUCUCUGGCAACUCUGAUCGAGACACCGAAGUGCGCCACCUGUUGGAGCCGCCGGUAACUGCACGUUACGUCCGGUUCUGGCCACAGGCAUGGAACUCUCACCUCAGUAUGCGGGUGGAGGUCUUGGGACAGGAUUGCACCGGUGACUAG